AUGCAGUUCAAGUCGAUAGUCGUGCCGCCUUCUGUUUGUGCAGGGCGGCGCGGCCGCGCUGCUCACGCGGCGCAAGACUGGGAGGACGACUACGACCUUCCGGUGCAAAAAGAUCUCGGUGACGGAUGGGAUGGGUACGGCGAGCUCGAGGAGUUCGAGACCUUGGCGUCGGAGCCACCAGCGAAGGAGGCUCCGGCAGAGGCAGCCACUACGGCGCCAGCCAAGUUAGAGGAGGCCCCAGAAGAAGCGACGCCGGCGGCCCCCAAAGAGGAGCCCAGGAAGCAGCCCAGGCACAUCUUCAUCGCGAGCCAGCCUGGAGUGGGCAAGACGACUCUGGUGCACAAGUUGCUGGAGAAGCUGCGCGAGGAAGAUGGAGAGGGUGGUGUGGAUGUGCGAGGCUUCUACACCGAAGAGGUCAGAGAUCCAGCGAACCCCAAGCAGCGACUGGGCUUCGAUGUCGUGCGUGUAGGCUGCCUAGAGCCUGACGAGCAGACGCGGAGUGUCCUUGCCAGGGAGGGGAAGGCACCACCAACGGUGGGCAAGUACAGCGUUGACGUCGCUGCUUUCGAGGCGUUUGCACUUCCUGCGCUGGAGCCUCCAAAGGAGGAAGAAUUCCAGCUUCCAGAGAAUCCGCGGCUCUUCAAGUUGUCCGAUGGCACGGAGAAGGCCGUUAGCCUUCUCUACGAGCCAACCGACGAGGAGGAAGGUGCCAACAGCCGCAUACGUCUCGAAUUUGGCGAGGUUCUGAAUGUGCCACCUUCCUCGCUUCGGCAGGGGAAGCGAAAGUUUAGGCAGAUGCGCGGUGCGGAUGGGCGUCGAUCUGGCGGAGGUGGACCUCAACCAGUCAACCAGCAAACACCACUCUUCUACGCAGCGGCUUAUGGCAAUCUGACAAUUGUCAGGUUUCUGCUGAAUUUGGGAUACCAUGUCAACUGGCGUGACAGUUGGAGGGAGACGGCCUUAUUCUAUGGUAUUAAACAUUCACCCAUGGAUGUGGUGAACGUCCUUAUCGAGCAUGGGGCCUCAGUGCUGGUCAGGUCCAAGCGAAAUAACCAGACACCACGCGAGCUCCUGAAAGCCCAGAGCCGGCGCGACGCAGCAACUCUAGUCGGUGUGGCAGUGGAUGACAAGGCCGAGGACAAGCAUGUCGCGUGUAUUGAGGAGCUGGCAAGCGCUUUCAAGCCCUCCUCGCUCACACUAACCGCCCUGUCACAAACGACAAACAUGGUUACAGGCUACGUGUAUGCCAACUUUGAAAAGCAGGAGCUCACAAUCGGGCAGGUGAAGGUUGACCGCGGGCACCAGGGCAAAGGCUUAGGGAUUCUCGUUUUCCAAGAGAAACCUGAGUGUAUUGGAGACCAACGAGAAGGCACGAAGAUGCUACACUAA